AUGAAUAAUAUAUGUAUUACUUAAGUUAAAACCAGUCUUGGGGAUAAUGGGAACAUAAAUUCAUUGGAAAGGAAUGAGAAACAUAGAUAAGCAUAUUCAAAAGUAUUAUAACUCAAGAGCUUUAAUUUGAUUCAAUCUGAAACAAGGGUAGAUACACCAGCAAAAGAUAUAGACGAAGCAGAACUUCCAUUAAGAGAACAUUUUUAUAAAGAUACUUUGAAGCGUUCGGCUACAUUCUUGAAAGUGGCCUCAGAGGAGAUGAAUAGAUACGAAACAGAAUGGCAUUGGAAGUUUUUCUUUGAAUUCCUAUUUUAUCAUAUAGUAAUAACUCAUAUUUAUAGUCUAGAUGUUUUAUAAUCUUUUUGGACCAUUCAUGGUUUUAUUUUUUUGGAAAUGGCCAGGUAUGCCUUUGAUGAUAAAUAUGAGAUUUUUAAAACAUCAUCCUUAAUUCUACUUUUAACUACUUUUAUGGUUAGGAUCUUUGGCAGGAGGCUAUUGGUAUAUGUUUGAUUAAAAAAAUAUUGUAACUUUGACUGAAGUAGUUUUCACUUAAUUUGCUCUAUUAAUAAGAGCAGUUGUGAUAGCAGCCAAAUAUGCAACAUUAAGUGAGGAAAGAAUCAAAUUAUAUAAAUAAGAAGUUUUAAGUGAAGAAAUGUUUACUUUUGAUUUAAUGAUGUGGGAUUGGAGACUUCAAACACCAAAAGUUUUGUUUCUAGAACAAUUGAGGUUUUUAAAAAGAAGAGAAUUGGAUCCUGAUUUUUAUAAAAUCGAUUUUUUAUGUUAACCUCAUCCAAAGACUGUCAAAAAUUUGAUUUAAGUUGAUGUAGGAUUUUAUAGAGAAUGGUUAGAAUAGUAAGAAGAAUCUUUAAUUGCACCAAUUAUAGACAACACUUUUAAUUGUUUUUUUAUAUUUGGUUUUUUGGUUAAUGCUUACUAAAAAGUACACACUCCUGGAGGAUUUUCAAAAUAUGUAGUAAUAUAAUCUUUAAUAUUAUCUUUAACUCCCUGUUUAUUAAGAGUAUAAUACUUUUAUGAAGUUGAUGUUGGGGUGAUUGAUAUUUUGAGAAUAAUCAUAAAUGUUCUGACAACAUUUUAAGGAUUCUUUGGAUCUUUUGUAUUUUUGUAGAUUGGUCUUUAUGAUCUACAAAGAAAGUUUUAUAUUUUGGAUUAAUGUUGUUAUAUGCUCAAUAUAAAGGAGUAAAAGUAUUCUUCAGGAAGGAAACUCUUACCAACAAUCAAUUUUAAUAAUCCAAUAACUUUUUAGGCAUGGUCAAUGUUGAGAGGAAUGGCUUUUGAUUAUGGAAGAACUUAUGAUUUCAGAAUUCAAGGGUUUUAUUCAUUGAUUUUUAUAGGGUGGAUAUUUUUAUUUUUAUUUGGAAUAGGAGUAUUAUUAAAUUUUAUUCACAUAGAUUUCUUUUAAACUACAAUAUUGUCAGAGAUGUUAUUAAUUUUAACUGGGUUUAUCGGAUAUUAUUUAUGGCAUGGAGCUAGACUGAAUGAAUAUUAUGAAAGAUUUGAUAUUUUACUAGAAGAUGUUAGAAAUAUGUAUGUAGAUAUGCUUAGAAAAAAAGAACAAUAUUUUAUUCUAAAUUUAGAAAUAACAAAUGCUAUUCAUAAAAAAUUUGUAAAUUUAUUAAAGAGUUAGACUAAUUCAAUUGAAACUAUAACUUAAUAUAUCAAUCUUAUAAUAGAAGAGAUUGAUGAUGCAAUAAGAUAAUUAAACUAUGAUGAAAGGCAUAAUCCUUUUAAAAUCUAUGGAAUUAGAAUAACUUUAAACUUUUUAUAAAGUUUAGUAGUUGGAGUUUUUACUUUGGUUGGAUUUGCAGUGUAACAAAGAAUGUAAAAUGUAGACAUAGGGUGUCUUACAAAAUGAUAUAAAAAUUUACUCCUAAAUUAUAUUAAUAUAAAUGUUUAAUUAUAAUAUUUUAUAAAAUGCAAAGUCGUUCAAGUUAAUCAAUCAAAUAGAUUGAUGCAGACACUCCAAUUUAGAAUACAACUGAAGAAGGGAAAUUUAUAAAAUCUGUUAGAAGAGCAUAAUAAAUAAGAUAAUUGCUUACUGUAAAUACACCUGUUAAAACUUUGGCAAUCUAUUAGUUAGAUGCUGCUCCUUUAAAAGAGUACAAUCCUUAAAAAUAAUUAUCAAAAUAAAUUACAUUUGAUGAAGUUAAUAAUGAAGAACUAUAAAGAUACAAAGCAGAAUGGCAUUGGGACGUAUUCUUUGAAUUUCUCUUUUAUCACUUGCUAUUUUUUAUAUUUUUUGGACCUUUUGUUGUUUUAUUUUUAUUUAAAUAUCCAGGAAUUAUUUUAUUAAAAAAUAUGAGAUUUAUUAAGCCUUCAGCAUCAUUUUAUAUGUAAACUCUGUUAUGGAUUGGAUCAGCUUUAGGUGGUUUAAUGUAUUUUAUACAAGAUAAGAGUGUUAUUACUAUGACAGAAAUCAUUUUUAUGUGGUUUGCUAUCUCUACUCGUUCAGUUGUUAUUGCAGCUAAAUAUGCUACAUUAAGUACUGCUAGAAUUAAAUUAUAUAAAACUGAAGAACUUCCUGAAGAAAUGUUUAAUUUUGAUCUAAUGUUUUAAGAUUGGUUUGAAUAAUCAUCUAAAGUUCUAUUUUUAGAGUAAUAUAGAGCUUUAAGAAGACAUGAAUAAGAAUUUUCUUUAUAUAAAUUUGACUUUCUAUUAGAUCCAAAUAAAAAAACAUCUGAAGCUAUAAAAACCACGAAUAUAUGUUUUUAUGUUGAAUGGGCAAUGAAACAAUAAAUGAAAUAAACUGAUCCUAUUAUUGAAAAUUUAUAUUAUAAUGGAUUUCACAUUUUCGGUUACUUGGUUAACUACUAUCAAAAGACUAAUUCUUCAUCAUCUUUUUAUAAAUAUAUGAUUUUCUUCUCUUUAUUUUAUGGUAUUUCUCCUAUUUUCAUUAGAUUAUAACAUUUUAUGGAAAAUAUACCGGAUUGGUAAGAUAUAAUAAGAUUGAUAAUUAACUUUUUAACUUCAUUAUAAGCCUUUUUUGGUUCAGUCAUUUUCUUAGCCAUAGGAAUCUAUGAUUUUAGAAGAAAAUUCUUUUUACUUGAUCAAUGUCUCUAUAUGUUAUCAGCAAAAAAAGUAAUAUAUCCAACUGCUCGAAAACUUAUCCCUACCAUCAACUUUAAUAAUCCAUUAACUUUACAAGCAUGGUCUAUUAUUAGAUCUUUAUCAUUUGAUUAUGGAUAAACUUAUAAUCUAAGAGUAUAAGGAUUUUACUCAUUGAUUUUUGUAGCUAAUAUAGUUUUGAUAUUUAUCUCUUUAGGUUUAAUUUUAGACCUAAUUCAGAUUGACAUGUUUUAAUUAAUCUUACUGGGUGAAAUGGCUUUAAUUUUAAUUGGAUUUACUGCAUAUUAUUUAUUUCUAGGUGCAUCACUUAAUGAAUACUUUGACAGUUUUGAAACAUUAUUGGAUGAUGUAAAAUCGAUAUAUUAAGAUAUAUUAAGAAUGAGAGAAUAAUACUUUUAAAAUAAUAUCUAACCCAUAAAUGAUGUCCAUAAAAUAUUUGUUAGUAUCAUACGAGAUUAGAUUGGAAUUGAUGUGGAUACUGUUAAAGAUUAUAUUGAAUUGAUAAUUGAAGAAUUAGAUAAUAAUCAAAGAUAACUUGCUUAUGAUAAACGAAAUAAUCCAUUUAAAUUAUAUGGUGUUGUAAUUACUUUUAAUUUAUUAAAAAGUGUUGGUGUUGGACUUUCAACAAUAUUUAGUUAUGCAAUUUAACAAAGAUUAUCCAAUAAAGAAAAAUUAGAAUGA